UUAUCCCCAAUUCAUCCCAUCUCAUCCUUCGGUCUUGCAUCGAUAAAUAUCCCUUUCGGAUUAUAUCAGAUUCCAUUGUCUAUCUUAAUCCCUCGCCCCGCAUACACUUAUCAAGAUGCGUUCUAUGCUCUGCCUUGCGCUCGGCGCCAUUGCUACUCUCGCCAAUGCGGCCAGCAACCCCUUCAACGUUCCCGAGGGUGGCUACACCUUCACGGCCGGAUCCCCAACUACUCUGACUUGGGAUGCCAACUCCAAUGGAACCGUCAGCCUGAGACUCCAGUGGGGCGCCGUCUUCACCACCUCCUCCGGUGACAGCCUUGCCGCGGGCGUUGCCAACUCCGGUAGCUUUACCUGGACUCCUUCCGCCAGCCUGGUCAGCAGAUCCGAUUACGCGAUCGAGAUCAUCAAUGAUGAGGACACGGAUGACAUCAACUACACUCCCCGCUUCUCCAUCGCCGGUGUCACCGGCGUUGUGUCCACCUCGACGGUCAAGUCGACGACUUCCAGCUCCUCGACCACUUCCUCUUCUUCCAGCGAGAAGACCACUGGCACCGCCACCACUCUGUCGACCGUGACCAGCACUGGCGCCGUCUCUUCUACUUCUUCGGGUUCUAACUCCACCGCUGCGACUGCCUCCAAGACUUCCACCGCGUCCUCUUCCUCUGGCUCGUCCAGCACUUCGGGCACCACCUCUGCCACGGCCUCUAGCACCUUUGCCCCCGCCAACGCCGGCGUGGUCAACCGGGCGUCCACUGGCAUGCUUGCGUUGAUUGUUGCCGCUAUCGCUCUGGUCUAGAGGGCGGUCGAGAACGAGAACCAUUAUCGAUCAUGGUUGACUUAUACAUGACUCUUUUCCGCUUCUAGUACAUAGCUUUUGAGCGCCUUCUUUCACGCUUUGACCAUCUUCACUUCUCACACCCCUGUUUUUCUACCCUACAACUUUUCCUCCACUGCAAGAUGUCAUUGUCAAGCAAU